AUUGUAUCUUUAUCACACAUAGGUUUGGGUUCACUGUGAUGAUGUAGUGUUGCUCAUUGUUCUGUUUUAGUGCGACCAUAAGGGCUGUGGAAAGGAUUUCAGCAAGAAGAACCAACUGAAAGCCCAUCUGGAUGAACACCUGGAUUCUGCCUUUUCCUUGUACUGUCAGUGGCUGCACAAGAGAAUUUCUCUCCCUCCGAAAGCUGAAGCAUCAUGAGAAAGUGCCUGAAGGUUGUGAGAAUGAAGCGUGUCCUUUUCAGGGAAAGACGUGGACAGCAUAUCUGAAGCACAGAAAAGAACAUAAAGUCAAGGUGCAUUGUGGGGAGUGCAUCAAGCUGUCUAACAACGCCUGGUUCAAACAACAGCACGAGCUGCGUGUCCACUGUGAAGACAAGUGGAUGCUGUCGUGCAUCAGGAACGGCUGUGAUAAAACGUUCACUCGUGGCUUUAACCUGGACAGUCAUGUGCUGGGAGAGCAUGAAGGCAAGAAGCCCUUCAGCUGCUCGCACGCUGGCUGUGGGAGGAGCUUCACCAUGAAGGUAAGGCCUGCAAUCUGA